CUAUAUAUUUUUCUACGUGUGCGAUACACCAUUGUUAGCUAUAAAUCCUCCUUUUGUUCUGUCACUCGUACGUACACAUACACAUACAGACAAGUAACCCCCCUCUUUGAAUCAAAAUAAAUAAAGCAGAAUGGGAUUGUCACCGGAAGAAGAACAUCCUGUUAAGGCCUUUGGCUGGGCAGCAAGAGACUCGUCUGGUCAUCUCUCUCCUUUCAACUUCUCAAGAAGGGAAACUGGUGAGGAGGAUGUGAGGCUUAAGAUCUUAUAUUGCGGCCUCUGUGUUGCAGAUCUGUUAGCAAUGAAAAAUGAAUUUUCUGAUGCCCAAACCAUCUAUCCUCUUGUUCCUGGGCAUGAAAUUGUAGGAGAAGUGACACAAGUUGGAUGCAAGGUGAUAAAGUUUAAAGUUGGCGAUAAAGUAGGUGUUGGGACAUUAGUUGGUGCAUGUCACUCGUGUGAAAGUUGUAUGGAAAGCUUCGAAAUUUUUUGUCGUAAAAGGAUUUUCAGCUUCAACUUCAUCGACCACAACGAUGGGACUGUAACAUAUGGAGGGUUAUCAAAUCAUAUGGUUGCCAAUGAACGUUAUGUCGUUCGAUUUCCUGAUAAUAUAUUACUCCAUACUGCUCCACCUUUACUUUGUGCCGGAAUUACAGUAUACAGUCCAUUGAAAUACUUCAGACUUGCAGAAUCAGAAAAGCAUGUUGGUAUUGUAGGCCUCGGUGGCUUAGGUCAUUUAGCUGUUAAAUUUGCCAAAGCAAUGGGGGCCAAAGUUACUGUCAUCAGUAGCUCACUUAGUAAGAAAAUUGAUGCCUUGGAACGUUUAGGUGCUGAUUCUUUUUUGCAUAGUAGUGACCACGACGAAAUGCAGGCUGCGAUGGGCAGUAUGGAUGGUAUUCUCGACACAGUUUCUGUUUCUCAUCCUAUCACACCAUUAAUUGACCUACUCAAGUCUCAUGGACAACUUGUCUUAGUGGGUCCAGACAACUCACUAGAAAUACCAACCUUACCUUUGACGAAAGGAAGAAAAACUGUAGCUGGUAGUGCAUACGGAGCAACAUAUGAGAUUCAAGAAAUGAUUGAUUUUGCAGCAAAACACAAUAUAAAUGCAGAUGUUGAGGUUAUUUCAGUAGAUUAUCUUAACCAGGCUACAAAACGACUCGCUAAAGCUGAUGUUAAAUAUCGAUUUGUGGUUGACGUUGGCAAUACUUUGCCUUCUACAAAUUCCACAUUUAACUAAGGAUUCUACCAUGUUCCUUAGUUUCUGUAAUUCUUUGGAAACUUUUUCAAAAUCUUUCGCUUUAUUAUUAUGCAUCCUAAAACUGAUGUUGAAUAUCGAUUUGUGAUUGACGUUGGCAAUACCUUGCCUUCUACAAAUUCCACAUUUAACUAAGAAUCUUAGCAUGUUCCUUAGUUUCUGUAACUUUUUGGAAACUUUUUCAAAAUCUUUCGCUCUAUUGUUAUGCAUCCUAAAGCUGAUGUUAAAUAUCAAUUUGUGGUUGAUGUUGGCAAUACCUUGCCUUCUACAAAUUAUACAUUUAACUAAGGAUCUUAACAUGUUUCUUAGUUUCUGUAACUCUUUGGAAAUUUUUUCAAAGUCUUUCGC